AUGAAGUACUCAUGGGUCUUGGCUACUCUGGCAGUCCUCGCCUCUGCGAGUGACGACGCAACCUGUCCGACAGGUCAGUGCCGCUGCAUGCCUACCGACAGCUGCUGGCCCUCUGCUUCUUCCUGGGCUGCGCUCAACUCGACUAUUGGGGGUCGGCUAAUUGCGACCGUGCCUAUUGGAUCGCCCUGCCAUGAUCCCAACUACGAUGCAGAUGCCUGUGCCGCUUUGCAGAGUGCUUGGAAUCUGCCCCAGACUCACAUCUCAUCCUCGUCAUCCAUCAUGCAAACUUUCUUUGCCAAUCAGAGUUGUGACCCCUUCACCCCAGAGUCUACUCCCUGUCUCAUGGGCAACUAUGUCGACUACGCGGUCAAUGUGUCUUCUGCCAACGAUGUGAUUGCCGCCGUCAACUUUGCCAAGAAGAACAACAUCCGCUUCGUCAUUCGCAAUACUGGCCAUGAUUACUUUGCUCGCUCUACCGGUGCUGGCGCGCUCUCCGUCUGGAUGCACAACUUCAACGCCAUCCAGUACAAAAACUGGUCUGAUCCGCACUACUCUGGUCCUGCUUUCAAGUUCGGCGCCGGUGUCAUGGGCUUCCAAGUCCUUGAAGCUGCUCACGCCAAGAAUUUGGUCGUUGUCGGCGGCGAGUGUCCCACCGUCGGUCUCGCUGGAGGCUAUAUCCAGGGUGGUGGUCACUCCGCCCUUAGUACCUCCUUUGGUCUCGGGGCUGACAACACCUUGGAAUUCGAAGUCGUCACUGCCGCUGGGAAGUUGGUGACUGCCAACCGUCAACAGAACUCCGAUCUGUAUUGGGCUCUUAGUGGCGGUGGUGCCGGUAACUACGGCGUUGUUAUUUCUGCCACCGUCAAGGCUCACCCUGACGCUAUUAUUUCCGGUGCUGGUCUCCAGUUUGCCUCCAGCUCUACCACCCCCGACAUCUUCUACGAAGCUGUCACCCAGUUCCAUUCUUUGCUGCCUGCGAUGAUCGAUUCUGGAGCUACAGUCAUCUAUGAAAUUGCCGCUUCUUUCUUCGCCCUCAACCCUGUCACUGCAUACAACAAGACCAGCGACGACGUCAAGACUCUAUUAACUCCUUUCCUCAACGUUCUGGACAACCUGAACAUCCCUUACGCCGUCUCCUACACCCAAUACAAUUCCUACUACGACCAUUACAACAAAUACAUGGGUCCCCUGCCCUACGGCAACCUCGGCGUCGGCGAAUUCCAAUACGGCGGCCGUCUCAUCCCCCGCGACACACUCAACACUAACCCCACCGCCAUCGCCGCCGCAAUCCGCAACAUCACCGAACACGGCGUCCUCGCUGUCGGCGUCGGGUUGGACGUCUCCAAUCCCGGCGACGUCUCAAACGCCAUCUUCCCGCCCCUCCGCAACGCAGCAGUUACCAUGCAAAUCGGUACACCAUGGAACGAAACCGCGCCUUGGUCCCAGAUGGUCGCAAACCAGUACCAAAUGACUAAUGAAUUCGUCCCGCAACUUGAAGCUGUCACUCCCGGAAGUGGAACUUACCAAAACGAGGCUGAUUUCAGACAACCUGAUUGGCAAAACACCUUCUUCGGGGCUAAUUAUGAUCCCUUGCUGAAGAUUAAGCAGACAUGGGACCCGGACCAUUUCUUCUACGCACUCAAGGCGGUGGGAAGUGAUUAUUGGACUGUUGAUGAUAAUGGGCGUAUGUGUGUUGCUUAA